AUGCUCCUUUGCAAGUCGAACGUCCCCAACAUUCCCAUGAAAACUCACAGUCGAGAGAACGACAGACAGGACAAGGAAGAUACAGGCCAUGUCGAUGCAGCUGCGAUUGUCGAGGCCUACGGAAUCCCGCCGCUCAUUGAGCGUGUGGCUCCAGAGAAUGAGAACAAUGCACCUCAGGAACUAUGCGACACAUGGCAGGAGAUCGGGACCAUGAACGUCAAUGCCGAGAGCGCGAUGGAUGUGGAAUAUGCAAUCCUCACCUUACAGCUCGAAAUGACGAUGAACAGCACAGAUGUGCUCAUUUGUAACGCAGAACCUUUGGCAGAUAAAAAGAUGGAAUCUGGAGACCUUACAACAGGAUUUAAGCAGUUGCUUUACAGUACCCCCCUUCACUUCAUCGACAAUUUGGUCUACAACAUGCACAUCGACCGUGCGAACGGCCCCUCUUCGUUGAUCGACAUGUGCCCAACGGCGUUCAUUUUUCUCUCACAUCUGGACCUCGCAGAUAUCCCUGUGACCCUACCCCUAUCAUAUUCCCCAUCCCCCGAGUACAUGCCAUCAUCACCUGUCUACAUUCCCUCAUCACCGGUCCUCUCGUUGCCCCCGUCACCUUCAUCAUCGGUGUGCACAUGCACGUGCGAGGCUGACUGCCAUGCAGUGUGA